GCUGCAACUUGUGCAACCAAAGAACUAGCUAGCUAGGGAUUCAUUAUUACACAUAUAUUAAGAUUGUUGUUUUUAUUGUGGAGUUGAAAGGAGAAUAGUGAUGGGAAGUAGUUAUGGUGGCGGAAUUGGAGGAGGGGAAGGUGGUUAUGGGGUGGUGAUGAGUAUGACGAGAGAGCCUAAGCCUAGGUUGAGGUGGACAACCGAUCUUCAUGAUCGCUUUGUGGAUGCCGUCACCAAACUUGGUGGCCCGGAUAAAGCAACUCCCAAAUCUGUUCUGAGGAUAAUGGGUUUGAAAGGCUUGACAUUGUAUCAUUUGAAGAGCCACUUACAGAAAUAUAGACUUGGACAACAAGCUAAAAAACAAAAUGAAGAACAUCACAAAGAGAACAAUAGAUAUUCAUAUGUGAAUUUCAGCAAUAGUUCUUCAGAGUUUAGCACUAGUUUCAGAGGUGAUAAUGAAAAGGGAGAAAUUCCAAUAGCAGAGGCAUUGAGACAUCAAAUUGAAGUCCAAAAGAGACUGGAAGAACAACUAGAGGUACAGAAGAAAUUGCAGAUGAGAAUAGAGGCUCAAGGGAAGUAUUUACAAGCUGUGUUAGAGAAAGCUCAGAGGACACUUUCCAUGGAAGGUUCAGGCAAUAAUCUAGAAGCAUCAAGAGCUCAAUUGACCGAAUUCAACUCUGCCUUAUCUAAUUUUAUGGAAAACAUGAACAACAAAGAUAACAAACAAAGCAUAUUAGACAUGAAUGAUUUUUAUAGUAAAGUCCAUAGUUCAGGUUUCCAUAAUUACCAUGAAGUAAUAAGGAGAGAAAAAAAUAUUGAUCAAAAGCCUAAGAUUGAAGAAGGUUCAAUUCAGUUUGACUUAAACAGCAAAGGUAGCUAUGAUCUUGUAUCAGGUGGUGGUGGAUCUGAAAUUGAAGCCAAAAUGCUUUCAUAUAGGCUUUGAUCAUUUUGAACUAUCAUAUAUUUUUUUUUUCUUUUAUAUUGUUUAACUAAGGCUACAUGUUAGGAAUAAAGUUUAUCUGUUAUGAACAAAGGUUAUUGUCUAACCUUGUUUUCAAAUCAUAGGCUGCUCAUGUUUUUGUGGCAGUAAGAAUUUGGAAGACACAUCAAAAUACAUAUACCAAUAUAUACUCUUUUGAUUAA